GGGGUGGAGCCAAGGGGGGCUGCUGCAGAAGCCGGAGCAGCGGCCCCUGAGGCUAUAAACCCGGCCGGCCCCGCUCUUGCCCGGCUCGGCAGGGAGGCAGGCAGGCGGCAGGCAUGGGGGUGCUGCAGCGCUGCCUGGCAGGGCGACAUUGGUGCUUGGGGAGCUUCCAGCCGCUGGCCGCUGCGCCCUGCCUUCGCCUUCCCGGAUCGCGGCUGUACGGCUCGGCAGGAGUAGCGGAGCUGCAGGAGCGCACGCUGAUCGCAGUGAAACCAGACGGAGUCCAGAGGAGGCUGGUGGGAGACGUCAUCAAACGUUUCGAGAAACGGGGAUUUAAACUGGUGGGACUCAAGUUGCUUCAGGCCACCGAAGGGACCCUGGCUGAACAUUACCACGAGCUGCGCCGGAAGCCGUUUUACCAUGAUCUGCUUCAGUACAUGACCUCUGGGCCCGUCGUUGCCAUGGUGUGGGAAGGUUACAACGUUGUCAAGACUUCCAGGGUCAUGGUGGGAGAGACUAACCCGGCUGAAGCCAAACCAGGCACCGUCCGUGGUGAUUUCAGCGUCCACGUUAGCAGGAACGUCGUCCAUGCCAGCGACUCGGUGGAGACAGCGCAGAGAGAAAUAAGUCUUUGGUUUCACAGCAACGAGCUGAUCGACUGGGAUUGUUGUGAUUACAAGGUCAUGUAUGAACCAUGAUGUGUGGCCUCUCCCAUUUCCGGACAUGGGAUCUACUACCUCGGCUCACUUGUUGCCUUUCUGGAAGAUCAGGUGUUUUUCAGCCUGUGCAUCACAGGUUUAAAUCUCGGUGGCCUUGAGAGGAGGCGAAUCACGUGCUAAGACUUUGCCCAGGGCAGAAGACUGUGCCAGGCCUCUCCCCGAAUGCCCAUUUUGCCAGCUGUCCAGGACCGUGCUGUUAUUUUCAGAAUACGGUUCUUAACAGGAUACUCAUUAAAAAAAGAAGUCGAUUUUA